AUGCUUACCGAUUUAAAAGCGAUCAUGAGUAACACGUUCACAACGCCACCAAAGACCGUUGCUUGCAAACAACACGCGGCGGACCUAGAAUCGUCUUCGGAUGAAGAUGGGUACAUAUCGCCAUUCAACGGAUCAGACAAUGGAGAUGUCCCAUUCACAGGACCGGACGGAAGUCUAGUGGAUGAAAUGCCACCAUUCUCGGCCUACUCGCUAUCGCCUUCCGCGCGAUCACUCUCACCGAUCGAGCAGGAAUCCUUCGAAUCGGCCAGCUCGACGCCAAGAUCCGGCAAGGAUUACAUCGGAUGCAGUACGCCUGUGUACAGCACACCGCCAAUCGCUAAAGAGAAGGACGUAGCAGACGGUCACCCUGCCGAGGGGUAUGUUACGCUGGACGAAAUACAUGCCCGCAUCGGGUUGACCCCGCCGGAUGUGAACGUUAGUCGUUGCCGUUUGAACUUGGAAACCAUAUACGAGGGCGUGUUUCUGGAUACACCACCAAAGAAAGAGUUCCAAUCGAAGGGCAAUCUACUUCGGCGCUCCAUACGUAAUCGAGCGUUGUUAGGCGAUAAAGCGGAGCAGAAAGAAAAUAUGCCCUGA